AUGCAAGCCAGGAAACAACGACCUUCGGGCAAUUCUCUCUGUGCUUGCAGGUUCGGAUAUUCCAGACUCCCCCAGAGACCAGCUUUCGAGUUCGAGUCCCUCGGGUGCGACGCUGGCCAGGCUCUGCGCCGCAGCGGCGGCCUGCGAUUGGGCACCGACCCCGAGAAACCGGAAACACGGGGUCUUGUCAGUGCCCUCCCCCUGGCCCAGUAUCGCGUACCGUCGCAGCGAAUGCCCGGUCUGCCGGCCGUAGACGCAAUUCAAGACGCGUGGGUGCGUGGUGCUGCGGACGAAACGGUGCGCAUUGCAUUGUAUUACCGUUUGCUAGUUUGGCCACAGCAAUAA